AUGACGGAGAAGUAUCCCACCGGAACCCGCGCUGAGAGUGAGCGUCUCGUCCGCGAAUGGGGGUUUCGACAUAUCUUCACCUGGACAGAUGGAAACAACGCCUAUUAUUCCCCGCACUCGCAUAGCGGCCUGACAACACACCUUAUCCGCCGUGGAUCUCUAACAAUCACUUACCCUGAUGAUAAUGUGAAAUUCUAUAACGGGGAAGUUAAAAAAGAGACGUUUCGUGUUGGAGAGAGGGUUGAUGUUCCUGCGGGAAAAGUUCAUGAGGUUUGGAUUGGGGAUGAAGGGUGUGAAUAUGUGAUUGGAGAGUAG